CUGACUGUUAAAAGUUGAGUAAAAGAACAGCUUGACAUAUUAUCAUUUCAGCCAUGAGUGGAUGUCCAUAUUUUCAGAAGACAUUCUUGUCAGCUAGUAAGCAGCAUCUGAAAGAAGAUGAGAAUGAUGAUUCUCAAUCUGGAAUUAACAAGGCCAGCAAAGGAGGUCUUAUCUAUGGUGACUAUCUGCAGCUGGAUAAAAUAGUGACAUCUCAGAUGCUUCAAAGUGAGCUGAAGGGAAACAAGAUCCAUGACGAACAUCUGUUUAUCGUCACACAUCAAGCAUAUGAACUGUGGUUUAAACAAGUUCUGUGGGAGCUGGACUCAGUGAGAGAAAUCUUUAUCAGCGGACAUGUACGUGACGAGCGAAACAUGCUCAAAGUCAACACUCGUAUCCAAAGGGUUGUGAUGAUAUUCAGACUGUUGCUCGACCAGUUCUCUGUUCUGGAAACCAUGACUGCCUUAGACUUCUAUGACUUCAGGGAAUAUCUCGCGCCGGCUUCAGGCUUCCAGAGUCUGCAGUUUCGACUGCUGGAAAACAAGAUUGGGGUCCCACAAAACCAGAGGGUCCCCUACAACAGAAGGCAUUACCGGGAUAAUUUCCGUGACCAGGAAAAUGAGCUGCUCCUCAACUCAGAACAGGAGCCCACGCUUCUUCAGUUAGUGGAGCAAUGGCUGGAGAGAACGCCUGGUUUGGAGGAAGAUGGCUUUAAUUUUUGGGGGAAACUGGAAGAAAAUAUUCUUGAGGGACUCGGGAGCGAGAAAGAAAAUAUAGAGCAAAAACCAGCCUCGGAGAUGAAAGAGGAGAUGUUGGCCGACCUCAUUAAGCAGAAAGACGUUUUCGUAUCGCUCUUUGAUGAGAGAAGACAUGAUCACUUACUAAGCACUGGACAGAGGAGGCUGUCCUAUAAAGCACUGCAGGGAGCCCUGAUGAUAUACUUCUACAGAGAAGAGCCCCGAUUUCAGGUUCCUUUCCAACUCCUGACAUCAUUGAUGGACAUCGACACCCUCAUGACAAAAUGGAGAUACAACCACGUGUGUAUGGUGCACAGGAUGAUUGGCAGUAAAGGCGGCACAGGAGGCUCUUCAGGCUAUCAGUACCUGCGCUCCACUGUCAGUGAUCGCUACAAGGUGUUUGUGGAUCUGUUUAACCUGGCCACUUUCCUGGUUCCGAGAGAAUGGAUACCCAAGCUGGACCCGAGUGAGCACAGUUUCCUCUACACGGCCGAAUGCUGCGACAGCUCCUACUGCAGCAGCAGCGAUGACUCAGACUAAACAGAUGGAGGAUGAGGCAAGGAUGAACAGCGUUUACAGAGUACAGAAGAAGAAGCUUCAAACCUCACAAGUCUCCCAUCACCAACAUUUGCCACUAAAGUCUUUUUAAAUGUUAGAAUGAGAGGCUACAAAGCUGUGCUGAGAUGUUCACAAAUGGAAUUUUAAGACGGCGUCAACCAAAAUAAAAUCAGUGACGCUGUUAUUGCACUUGUUUAUAUACUGUCAAUGUAACGUAAUAUUCUAACAUAUGUGAUGCGAUACGGGAAACCCGUCACAUGUCACGCUGGUACGUUUUUUGGCUGUGUUUUGUCAAAAUUGGGUUUUCAUUCAAUUAUAGCUACUAUAACAUUUUGUCUAGCAUCUCUGAAUAUAUAUUGGCAAAAUUCACUUGUUUAGAGCAUAAAAAUAGAGAUUUAUGGUGGGAAAAAAAAAAA